AUGGAACACUACGCACCCCAUCCGAGUUCUCAGUUCGAGGGCUUCUACUCGAAAUUCGACUUCGAAAGCGGCGCGCACAUCGCUCUCAUCAUCUGCUCAGUACCAAAGGCUUCGACACGACCACACAUGGUAUCCUUUACCUACUAUCCUAAAUCCGGCUCUCCAAUCUUCCAACGCGAAGAGUUUGUGGACAGCAUCGAACGAAACAUCACAGACACAAGCAGCAAUGCUUUCGAACUUCGCAUCCCAGGCAUAGGCUACAUGGCCGUGCACGCCAACGGUACUACAUCGUACCGUCUUAGUGCACCAGAAUGGAGUCUCGAAGCAGACAGCGAUUCUGUAACGACCUGGAGGGCUGAUAAAAACACCCCCGAAGGAUGGAUGAUCAACCUCCCCCUACCGUUGCACUGGCACGUGCACAGCAUCAACUCACCUUGUUCAUUUGUACUCUCGAUCCCGCCUCUGGGUGACGACCAUCCUGUUGCGGACCGCAAAGGCCGCGGGCACAUCCAUCAAGAAAAGAACUGGGCAAACAGCUUCCCCGAUGCUCAUAUGUGGGUUCAGGCCUUCAACACCAACGACCAGACGGGCGUCUGUCUCGCCGGCGGCAAGAUUAUGGGACAAACAGCGUAUAUGCUCGGGUAUCGCUCAAACGAUCUGGUUCUGGACUUCGUUCCCCCGUUCUCAGUCUCAUAUUUGAACAUGCCAUUCCUAAGCCCAUUCAUGAGCGUCGAUAUCGACUGGGAAACCCGCUCAUUCUCCAUCUCAGUAUCAAAUUACGUGAACAAACUCGAGCUGAAGGCGCGGGCACCAAAAGAGCCAGGCUGGUUCGGUCUGGCAAGUCCGUUUCCUGAUGGUCACAGGCCGAACUUUUGCCGCGAGAGCUUUAUCGCGACGAUUGACGUUACAAUUUAUGAGAGCGAGGGGUGGAUGCCUUGGCAUGGGUGGAAAAAGGUCAGGAUAGAGAGAUUUGAAAACGCGAGCCUGGAAUUCGCGGGAGGAUAUUAUCCCGAGAGGGGAGAAUCAAAAGAAGAAUAA